GAGGGGAAGGGGAGGAGGGUGGAAGGCGAGAGAAAGCGCGCUGCGUGCGGCCCCGCUGCCCAGAGCCUGCCAGCAGCGCGCCCUCGGCGGCUCCGGUCCCAACCGCGCCCGCCGCCUCGCUCAUCCUCCGCCUCGGCCCCGUCCCGACUCCAGGGCUCGCCCGGCCUCUCGGAGGUCCCCACCAGCCCCGGCUCCCCACUGCGCCGCCCGGCUCCAGCCCCGCAGCUCGCUCGCUCGACCGCCCGGGGGAAGGUAGCAAGCAAGCGGGCGAGCGCGCCCUCGCCUCAGCCCCGCGCCCCAGCCCCGCGCGGCGACGAAGGACCGGGAAGAUGAACGGCGGAGGCAAAGCCGAGAAGGAGAACACCCCGAGCGAGGCCAACCUUCAGGAGGAGGAGGUCCGGACCCUAUUUGUCAGUGGUUUGCCCUUGGACAUCAAACCCCGGGAGCUCUACCUGCUCUUCAGACCAUUCAAGGGCUAUGAGGGUUCUCUUAUAAAACUCACAUCUAAACAGCCUGUAGGUUUUGUCAGUUUCGACAGUCGCUCAGAAGCAGAGGCUGCAAAGAACGCUUUGAACGGCAUCCGCUUCGAUCCUGAAAUCCCGCAAACACUACGACUAGAGUUUGCUAAGGCAAACACGAAGAUGGCCAAGAACAAACUCGUAGGGACUCCGAACCCCAGUACUCCAUUGCCCAACACUGUACCUCAGUUCAUUGCCAGAGAGCCAUAUGCGCUGGCUCCCUCCCUCCGAGGCUACUUCUCAGGGUUGGAAGUCCCGACAGUUCUGCUGAAGGCUGUGUUUGAAAACGCCUUGCCCAGUUUUGAUCCCUUCAAGACUUUGCCACAGCCUCUAUCACACAUCUGUUUUCCUCAAAGAAAAAAAAAUAUAUAAUAAAAUGUGUUUUACUCUUUUACACUGUAUAAUUUUAAGAAAUACGUGUUAUUUGUGAAUGCAUGGUCUGACGUUUCUGUACAGUUUGGAGACAUACUCAGGUGGAACACAGACAACAGUAAAGCCAAGAUAGCUAGUAUUUUCUAGCAAGCAUUUAUGAAUGGAGGGAGGAGUUCUUACACUAGGUUAGAUCACUUUUGCACUUGAUUUCUGAAUGCUUUUUAAUGACAUCUAUCUUGUUUUUCUUCUAAAAUAAGCUGCAUGUUUGAGGCAUGUCUCUGAAUAGCAUUGAAAUUUCCACAAUUGUGUUGUGAAUGUGUGGACUCCAUCUGCCUGGCCCCGAGUCAGGGCACGUUAGUGACAUGGUGUAGAAGUGAGCUCUACAAGACAAAGCCCCAGGAGCAUCUCUCACCACAGUGUUCACAGCUGGGCAGGAAUUACUACUUAGGUAAUGUCUCCCGAGCACAGCAUACCAUCUGAAACCCAUGGCAGCUAUGGCUGCAACAAUACAAACUGUGCCAAGUGAGGUAUUGCCAUUUUAUACUUGUAUUAUAUUGUUACCAUUUAUGAUAGCACCCUCAGAGUGUGGGACCUAAUAUAUCACUCACCUUCCAUAAACUGUUCUCUUUACCAGUGGAAAGAUAAAGUCCACCCCACUAAGUGGAGGGACCUUGGUUUGGACCUGUGAGGCCAACAAGGCCUCAGGAGAAGCAGGCCGCCCACCCAGAUACUUUGGCAACAAUGGGCAUCACAUCCCAAGUGAUUCUGUAAAGUAUGGCCUACCUGAGCUGGUGGUUUUAACAUCUGGCAGCCGUCCAUCAUGUUCUCCAGAAUACUGUUUGCUCAUCCCGAGACUACCUACUGCAUUGCACUGGGUGGGACAUGUGACCACGGCCAUUUGCAAUGAAUGCAGUUAUCCUUGCGCUUCAAGACUUCUUCAGAGCCCAAAGUUAGCCUUGUGUUGUAUUCCGACACAUUUCCAGAGGUGGUGACGGGGCAGCUUCUCCUGCUCCUCAGACAAGAGCCAUGUGUAAUACUGUGACCUCUGAGAAUUUCCAGCUGCUGGUAUAGCUAACAUAAUCACAGUCUUUGUAUCUUUGUUAUUGAUCUACUUGUUGUGUUGAAAACGUCAUGUUUUAAUGGUUAUAUCAUUGGUGGGGGUUCAUUAUUUUUCAUUAGAAAUAAGAAUGUCAAGUUUUUACAGGUUAUUAAACAGAGAAAAAGGAAAAAGAAACACUAAGGCCUGGAGUAAGGGCUUUUCACUAGAAACUAAAGGAAGGGGGCGGGCAGCAGUGUGACUUCACACAGCCACACUGGUGUUGAGGGACUGCUCAAACCCAACCCCCCCCCCCCCCCCACUUGGCUCCCAGACUACUUGCUGUAAGGAAAGCCACCUCACCACUAUGCUUUUAUAAACUGUGUAAAGGUACUUUUCUAUUGUCAUUUUUAAUAAAAUAAUAAAGUUUAUUCCAGCUAUUACAUGAUCGUCUGGGAACUUAUUCACAGCAUCAACCAAUCAAGCCCGACAAUGCAGAGAUUUCCAUUUCCAGGCAGAGGCAGAACUAGGCAUGAUUCAGAGUGGGAGUCAGGUAACUAUAGCCCACCCACCUGUGUACCUUUAACUCGGCUCAGUUACUAAGAUUCUGCCAGGCAUAGUCACAUGUGCCUUAAAUCCCAAGAGGCACACUCAGAUCUUCUCAGGUUCAAGCCAGCCUGGGCUGCACAGUGAGUUCCAG